AUCGGAAUACCCGGAGUUCUGUGUCUUUAAUAGUGCGGAGCAACUAAUUAACUCUGCACUUUACGAACCAUUCGUCUACCCGCAGAGGGAUUCCCAAUGAGAAACCAUGACAAGAACCUGCAGGUCAGAUUAGACGACUGUCUGUGUUUGUUUGAUGACAACAGUAGCAAGCGACGUAUAUUAUCGAUUUCUUGGUAAGUUGUGUUAAGUGACUGUUAAUGUCAGGUCGUUGGUAGCAGGCAAGGCUAGAGAAAUUGGAUCGAAUACCCCAAUUAAUGUGUACCUCAAGUGAAGCUCACGUCCUUGUUUAUGUUGCCAUAAUUAAUAGAGUGACUUGCUAACCGGCUUAUACUUGAACGAAAAACUAUUCAACGCACAUUAAACCCUGAAACAUGCUGAAACAUGAAAAUACCGCGCGCCACGUACAAAGAGGACCUGUUUAUAUUCUAUCGUUGUGGAAUAAAGGUAAGAUGGAGUUCAAAGGAGGCUUCUUCACAGUAGAACCUCAGAACUGAGUGUCGUUUAUGUGUACAAUUUAUCUGUCAUCAGUCUCACAUUUCUACGGAGCGGUAUACUAAAAGCUAAAGAAUGUAGAGCAGCUGUAGUGCUUCGGGCUCGUCACGCAAUCUUUCCUCCUAGGAGUGCGUGACGGGCUGUAAGAAUGUUCCAGUUUGUGAUGUUUUCAAGGAAUGACCUUUAGGCAAAACGUUUAUAAAUGUCAUGACUUGGUGGAAAUAUUCAGAGUGGAUGUUUUUUAACCGUUAAAGCAAAUCAAGCAUUGGAGAAUCAGAACGAGAAAGGAUGUUACGAAGACGCGUAGCUUACGAAAUCAUCAGCUAACAUCAACAAAGGCAAGCUACAAGAGCAAGAUAAACGUGGAAGAAUUACUAGUGCGUUACAUGCGUUACGGAGCUGACCGGUCCAUUCACAGACGAGGAGAAGGUCAACUCGAUUUAACAGCUGUAAGCAUCAAAAGGACAGCUCUGAAGGGCCAUAAUGUUUUAUCUACUACAUGAAGUAUUUCUACGGGCUUCAACGUUGACUAAGGUGCCUGUGGAUCAGGUUCGGUUUAUAUUUUGCAUGUUAUUGUGCAUUCCACUGGGAGCUGUUUAUCGCGCUGUCUUACAUCCAAAAAGAGUUUCUCCACAGCUACGUUUGGUUGUAUCGUUAGUUUGGGGACUUUUGAUCGGCUGGAUCUGUUUCGCAAGCGAGCUGAUAAUACUGAUCGUAGUGAGUACACUUUGUUAUGGGUUAACAUGGAGUGUAAACCCAAAGGAAGUUCACAAGGUGGUGUUUGUAGUGUCGUUCUCCCUUUUGUUGGUGGCACAAAUAGCCCGGAUGAUCAUGGAAUACGGAGAUAACAAAUUUGACUACACCGGGCGGUUGAUGAUCAUCACUCAGAAAGUGACGUACUUGGCCUUCAGUGUACAUGAUGGUCUUGGAAGAAAAGAGGAUGAACUUACUAAAGAUCAAAAGGAACAAAGCAUUAAGCGCGUACCUUCACUGCUGGAAUACUUUGGUUAUACGUUUCACCACAGCAUGCUGUUAGCAGGUCCUGCAUGUACCUUCAGUGAUUACAUAGACUUCAUAGAGGGCCGCGAUAUCGCACGUGCUACAGAACAGAAAAUGAGACAGGAACCUUCCCCUGUGAAUGCUGUGUUAACCAAGCUCUCCUUCAGUCUCCUGUGCAUGGUUCUUUUCGCCUUUUUGUCAAAAAUACUUCCUUUCUAUCUCAAUGCAGAUCCCUAUUUCAUCGCCAAUAGCUCUUUCUUAUGGAGAAUAGCAUUCGUGUCUUUAUCUAUGAUGGUCGUAAGAUUGAAGUUCUAUUUUGCCUGGACAGUCGCGGAUGCAGGUAAUAACGCAUGCGGGCUAGGAUUCAAUGGCUAUGAUUCAAAUGGGAGAGAGCUCUGGAACCGAAUAACUAAUGUCAAUGCUCUGGAGGUUGAGAAAGCAACAAGUAUCAGGCACAUGGUCAACAACUGGAACAUACAAACCAACAUUUGGCUAAAGAGGCUUAUUUACGAGCGAGUUCCUUAUCAAAAGACUUUCUUCACAUUAGCUGCGUCAUGCAUAUGGCACGGAAUAUAUCCUGGCUAUCUCCUUACAGUUACAUCGGCUGGGAUGUUGAUGGUUGUAUCGAAAAAAGCAAGGCGUACUUACGGUCACGUGUUUCGUGACAUGUCUCCAAUCAAGACGCGCUUGUUUGAUUUUCUUUUAUGGCUCGUUUGUAACGCAUUCUUAAUCACGUACUGCUUUGUGUCGUUUGUGUUUCUACGAUUGGAUCUCGCGUUCACUUUCUACAGGUCAACGUACUUUAUUGGCCACAUUCUUCUGAUUGGCGGCCUCAUUAUCUUUAGCGUCGAGAGACCAAAGCCAUCCCAUGAAGCUAAAAAUGCUGACGUGUCAGUGACGUCACAGCACUCAAGCAAACCUGAGAUCCACACUAAUGUUCCUCUGCCCAGCGCGGCGAACAACAAUGCUUUACAUCGCGAUAAUCGCAAAUUAAAAUAACUAAAGUUAGUUUGCUUUCCUUUUGCAAAGUUUGUAUUAAUUAUAAUUGAAAAUUGCACUGCUUUUCUUUAAGUGCAAAAUCUAUUUAAAUUUUCGGCCGUCAUACAAGUGCCCCCCNCACACCCCUUUCCGAGGGUCACCAACAUGGCGUCUUCAUACAAAGCUCUAUAAGUUUGGGUUAAAUAUUUUUCUGAAGAAAUCAAGUAUUAAAAACCGUGAGACCUUAUUCUUGGCGAGGUUGUUUAUAUAUCAAUCAUAUCUCAGACUCUUGACUUAAUUUAUUGAGUGGCCUUCGGCCUUAUUUUUGAUGUCAUGAGAGUGAAAACCAGCAAUAGAGUAGGUUAUUUAGAAAAAAAAAAGUACAAAAAAAAAUAAUACGUUAUUUUUCAGUUGUGUGCCCAGUUACCUGGUCUAUGAAUGCAAACGAGGUUGGAGAUGACCUUGCUUUGAUACACACCUUUCUGCUUUUCUCAUCUAAAUGCAAACAAGUUAGCAUAAGAACAACUUGAUUUACACAACAAAAACAGCGAGGUCUAUAUCAAAGCAAGGUCACCUCAAGCCUCGCUGCCAUUCAAAGGCCAGGUCACUGAGCGGACAGUUGUACUGGCAAAUGGAAGCCAUGAUCGAUGACAAGUACAAAACUGCAUCUAAUGUUGUAUAUUUUCUUUUAAUCCAACCAUGCUGAAAAACUUUUGUUUGGCUAAUGGUACACUGCAUAUUUUCCUUUACAAAUCGGACUACUUACAUGAUAUAAAAUAAGUUACUUAAUUGACAAUAUAUUAAUAUCAGCUGACCAAGUUAUAAUAUAAAUUAAAUAUGACCGCCCUUAACACUGGUCCCGUUCUGUUAAACAAUAUUAUUUGUUGUAGAAAAAAUCGUAACGAGAUUACUUCUCAAAACAUGUUGAAACUUAGUAAAACCCUUGGUUAUGUA